AUCACAGCCAGAAAGCCAGAAAUGUGUAUCUCAAUUUAGAAUCAUAAAAAGGACUAUUAAAUAAGAGUAACUAACAGGAUGUCAAGUACAAUAGGAACAACAAUGGCUAGCACCAUGACCUCUGCAUCUGGAAUGGAAACGCAAGCUCUCAAAUUUGGAUUAGCGGACUACUUGGUAUUCGUCAUCAUGUUGUGUGCCUCGGCGGGUAUCGGUGUCUAUUUUGGUUUCUUCUCAAAGGCCAAAAAUACCACCGAGGAAUAUUUGCGCGGUGGCAAAAAGAUGCAGACCUUGCCCAUAGCCAUAUCAUUGGUGGCAAGUCAAUUAUCUGGCAUAGCUAUUAUGUCCAUUCCGGCCGAGAGUUAUACAUAUGGAUUUAACUACAUUUUCGUAGUACUCGCCAUGUUUGCGGUUGUCCCGAUUCUUAUCUAUAUAAUAGUACCCGUCUUCUACGAUAAUAAUGUCUCAAAUUGCUAUGAGUAUUUAGAAAUGCGUUUCAAUAAACGUACAAGACAAUUGGUUACCCUGACAUUUGUAUUGAACUCCUUCCUUUUGCUGCCCGUCUAUAUGUUCAUUCCAUCAUUGGCAUUUUCUCAAGUAUCUGGUCUAAAUAUUCACUUGAUCAAUUUAAUGGUAUCAUCCAUUUGUAUAUUUUACACAAUGCUGGGUGGGAUCAAGGCUGUGGUCUGGACAGAUGUGGUACAGGGUAGCAUAAUGCUCCUGUCUGUGGUGAUGGUCGGAGUCCUUGGCACAUUACGCACCGGGGGCAUCAGCGCUGUCCUGGAAUAUGCCUCAGAGGGUGGUAGAUUGAAUUUGGACUUUAGGCUAGAUCCACGCAUUCGUAUGUCCUUCUGGAGUGCCAUGACUGGAGGAAUUUUCAUGUGGACUGGUCAUAUCGGUCUCAAUCAGAGCUGUGUGCAACGCAUUGUCUCUCUACCAUCUUAUUUCAAUGCUAAGAAAGCUUUGAUUCUUGCCGGAAUUGGUUUUGUUGCCAUUAGUUUUUUUAAUACCAUUUCUGGCACUAUUAUGUUUGCGCGCUACUUUGGAUGUGAUCCCAUGUUGGCUGGUCUCGUAAGUAAACCAGACAAAAUGAUGCCGUUCUUUGUUCAGGAUAUUAUGGGCCAUUUAUCUGGCAUGCCCGGCGUAUUCAUAUCCUGUGUAUUCAGUGCUGCUCUCAGCUCACUUUCUGCCACCCUCAAUUCACUUGCCGGUGUGGUCUAUUUCGAUUAUAUCAAGCCACAUAUUCGUCAUACAGAGGCACGAGCUAAUUUAACCAUGAAACUGGUUAUCAUUGUCAUGGGUGGCUAUUGCAUUUUGGGCGGCUUUAUUGUGGAGAACUUUGCAUCCAUUUUGCAGACCACGGUCACAAUUACGGGCAUUAAUACCGGAGCUGUGGUUGGCGUUUUUCUUCUGGGCAUGUUUAUGCCUCGUUGCAACAGCAAAGUGGCUUUCUCUGGCAUGCUCUUCAGUAUAAUUGGCAUGUUUUGGAUCAUUUAUCAGGCCCAGAUGAACUUUAAAGAAGGACUGAUUAAAUAUCAAGUCAUGCCCAAUACGGUGGAUCAGUGCGAAGCUCGUGGUCUACAUAUGAUUGCCAAUGCCUUAAAUCACACUGCACUGGCCACAACACCAGCAACACCAAUCAUCAGCCAUCCAACUAAGUUUACUGGCGCCUUUGAAAGUAAUCGUGACUUUUCCAUCUAUGAUGUCUCAUUCUAUUGGUACAAAGUGAUCGGCGCAGCUUUGGUCUUUCUCUGGGCAGUGCCCAUGAGUUAUGUCUGGAAGUUGGAUAAAGAUGAGAAACAAAAUCCCAAAUUAUACUCACCAAUUGUACGCAAAUUUCUGAAUACUUCAGAACCAGCUAAAGAAAUGGAGGAUAUGCCACUUAAGAUAUCAAAGGAGCAUUUUGAUCAUACGAUAAAUAUUACUGAGAAAGAAAAUGGUCAUUAAUUCGUUUUAAGAAUUUUCUUUAGGUAAAUGCUAACACAUUAUAAAAUAAAUACUAC